AUGGUACUGCUGAUGAAUGUCACGGUGUGGUGUGUCCCAUGUUUAGCAUCGUUUGAGAUUCUCCAGGAACUGUGUCGAACAGAAAAACUCACCUGUCCCCGCCUGGGAAUCCGGAAAAAAGACCUGAAGGAAUAUGAAGUGGAAUAUCUCUGUGGAUACAAGAAGGAAAAGGGUAAGGAGUACUACCUUGUGAAGUGGAAGGGCUGGCCAGAAUGCACAAAUACAUGGGAGCCAAGGAGGCACCUCCGCUGCAUUGGGCUGAUCAAGCAGCUCAAGGAAGACCAGAGGAAGUUCUUGGAAAAAGUGAAAAUGGCAAAAAAGCUAAAGUUGAACAACUGCAAAGAUUACAAAUCUGCAUUUACAGAAUAUGUAACCAAGAAGUCAAAGCAAAGGCUGGCGCUCAAACGAUGGGAGGAAGAACUCAACAGGAAGAAGAAUCAUCAAGGGAAGAUCCUAGUGGAAAAUGAGGUGGAUUUUGAGCCCCCGCCACUGGACUUCCACUACAUCAAUCAGUACAAGCCCUCACAUGGAAUAAACCUCAACAGGGACCCUCUGGUGGGUUGUGAAUGCUUGAACUGCUUAGAGGAUAAGUGUUGUCCUGAGGAAGCUGGUGCCCAGUUUGCUUACAAUGCAGAGCGACAGCUGAAGAUCGCCCCGGGCAAACCCAUCUUUGAAUGUAACUCUUGCUGUAGUUGUAGCUUUCAGUGUCCGAACAGGGUGGUCCAGAAAGGCACACUGUACGACCUCUGCAUCUUCCGAACUUCAGAUGGAAGAGGCUGGGGCAUUAAAACCCUCCAAAAGAUCAAGAAGAAUAGUUUUGUUAUGGAAUACGUCGGAGAGGUAAUCACCAGCGAGGAGGCAGAGAGGCGAGGGCGAUUCUACGACAGUAAGGGCAUCACCUAUCUGUUCGACCUGGACUAUGUGGAGGAUGAGUACACUGUGGAUGCUGCAAGAUUUGGAAAUAUUUCGCACUUUGUGAAUCACAGCUGUGAUCCCAAUCUUCAAGUUUACAAUGUUUUUAUCGAUAGUUUGGACACCCGUCUCCCGAGAAUUGCACUAUUCUCGACACGUGCCAUCAAGGCUGGUGAAGAGCUUACGUUUGACUAUCAAAUGAAGGGUUCGGGUGAUGUUUCAAUCACUGAGAGCUCUGAUGUCAAUGGGCCAACCAAAAAACAGCGCAGGAUUGAAUGCAAGUGUGGGUCCUUGUCCUGCCGAGGAUUCAUGAACUGACCUGUGGCCACGAGGAAGAAAUUUGUAUUUUUUUUUGCCUGUUUUAAACUAACAGUAUGUGGAUCCCAUCUCUCCAUGUCACCUGAGCUCUCGGAUAAUGACACUUGAAGAGAGAGGUUUGGUAUGCACCAUGCAGGAAGGUUGCAUUCUCAUUAAUCCUAGGCUGAAAGCAGGUCUGUGAGAUCAUUUCUUUGGGAGAAAUUUUACUGCAUUGGAUAAUUGAUAUUAUUUGUGAUCUGUUGCAAGGUGGGUCACCAAAACAGCUUCUUGGGUUGCUUUGUCCCCAUUGAGGCGUGACCUGUUUUAGAAGAGCAUUCUCUACUUGAGUAUUGUUCUUAAUCCCACAGGUUUGAUUUGGAACAGCAUCCUUCUGCAUUAAAGCCUUCAAAGCAUUUUCAUUUUUUUUUUGGAGAUGUCUAUCCAAGUUUGCUAACUUGUCAGUAAAUUUGGUUGUUGCUAAUCGGGCUGCUUUGUAGAAUGUGUUUGAAUUAUUGGCAGAGGAGUACUCUGACCUCUACAAUGCAGCAGAGGUUGUGCAAAUAUUCCUGGGUAGUACCUGUGCUCCAAAUCUCAAAUGUAUUGUUCAGUGAAAAAAGGUGUGUGUUUAUCCUCCAGUUAUGGCCAAAUAAUUAGCACCACUUUAACCUUCCUUGAUGCAAUACAUUUCUUCACAUCAAGGCAAAUACUUGCUUUUUGACUCUUUAAGGACUCAGGAUAAUUCCUCCCCCCCCCCCCCCCCCAGUGUGUGCAUAGUAAUUGAAUGCAACAAAUUGAGAUUAGGCCUCCAAUGUUAAGUUAUUAAUCUUUUAUUAAGACAUUGCUAUUAAGUUAUUAAGACAGUACUCCAUGCUAACCUUUUGCAAGCUUGCUUUAAAGGUAAGUGCUAUGAGACCAUCAUACCUUUGGGCCUAUUUAUACCUUUUAGAGAAUGUGCAGAAAAUAUUCAUGGAGCAUUCUGAACAUUCAGGCACCAUUGCAGAUGGAAUCCUGCAUUAAUUACGAUGUUUAUGGCAUCCAUUACUGCACAUUAAGGCUCAGCAACAGAAAGGUUACUAGCAGGUGACUGGAGAUGCAAUUAUGGAAUGAGUUCUUUCGAGAGAGUGGGAGAGUAAUUUCAACAUUUUAAUAAGAGAGGGCCAUUUAACCAUUGGGUGUAGCAGUUAACAAGAGCUCUGGGACUUUUCUUUCUUAAGUCUUGCCCAUUGCUGUCAGGAUGUAGGGUUUAACAUACAGCUAGGGCAGGUCAAUAAAUCUCCCAUUGAAGUUUCUGCCUACAAUUUUUGAUUGAAAGACAAAUUAUCCUUAUUGCAAGAUUCUAUUUUUGUAUUUGCUUUUUCUUAAAAAAAAAUCUCGGAACUGUUGUGCUUUGGGGAGUGCCCUCUUUAAAACAGCAGUAAUAUUGAGUUUGCAGCUUGAAUUUGAAUAAAACUUGGAAUUUCUAAGAGGCAUUGGCAAAGAAAUGUUGUCUCCAGCCACUUGGUGCUAAAUGAGUUGCAUGUAUGUUCCUAAAGUGUCUCCAACAAAGCUGAGUUUCUGAGGUGAACGAUGUUUGACCCCUUCCAGACACUGGCAACCAAGAACAGACUUCCAGCCUGAUGCUUGAAGAUGAAGAACAACGUUUGCAGGGUAAAUUAUUUUGUUUUAAUGUGUGUUGUUAGCCUAGAAAGCCUGUUGGGCAGAAGCAAUCUUCCUUUGAGGAGAUGCUGAACGGUGAUCAGUGUGGGGAGAGAUAAGACAGAGUUUAAGGGCUUCUUUGAUGAUGCAGUUCAAACAAUUACUUUUCCCCCUUUGAAUGCUCAUCUUUAGUAUCGGAGGUUUCAUUGCACUUGCUGGUAAAGCAGCAAAUUAGGAUGCCCCUGUGGCAGACAGAGAGGCUGAGAAACCCAUGGAGAGUCCCUCCUGAAGAUUUGCUGAGAAUCCCAUUCAACAAGCAAGUCAGAAGGCAAAUUUCUACCCUCCGCUGCUCUCCCCAACUCUACAGUCACCUGAACUUCUCUCCUUUUUGAACUGAGUGUCGUUGCUCGAGUGGGAAUCUGGUGGAGGAUUGGUAGGGAAUAAAUCCAGUGAGCCAGUCAGCAAGAGGGAGAUUGGCCAUUCUGUGUCUGGUAAAGGAUGAUGUCCAAAUAUGACUUGGAGCUCUGAUUGCUUUGAAGGGGUUAUGAGACCUCACUAUGGAGAAAAUAAGUUUGCAAAGUUUUUUUUUGUAGGAUGGUUUCAAGUCUUGUAUACCUCUUUGUACCGAGCUGUGAAUUGCAAAUUGGUGUAGAAUGUUUGCUUAAAGAAACCGAUAAAUGUCAAUGUUUCAAAUUGGUCUCUUUUCUUUGUGCUAAUCUUCCCUUUGGUGUGGGUCAGCCACUGACCUGUCCUCGACCCUGUCCUCCAACGGCUGCCGUGGGAACUGGCCCAACGACAAGGCUGCCGCCUCAGGGUGGUAGUGGUCGUGACCUUGCAGAGUAUGCCCCCGGCCACAGCCGCACUGGCUGGGUUCAGCAUUUCUGACCUCACCUCACCGGUCACGAUGGGAUGCAAACUUGAGGAUGCAGAUUGCCGUAAGCAGGUAACAGAGUUGAAGCAUGUCAGCCACUGGAGUCAUUGGCUGCUGACAACAAACUCCUGUCAAGGGUCUAUGAUAGAACUAUGAAAAACCUACACAGGUACAAAAUAACCACUGUCCCAUUUAGGAGCAUGCUUAACUUGAGGUGCGAUGUGAUAUCACUCUCUGCUGAUAAGCCAGGGCCAAGUGAACCUUUGUACAUGGUUGGUACUGCAUCAUUGAAUAGUUCCCUGCAUCAUCUGUGGCUCCCUGAUUAAUAGAACAUAGAACAGUACAGCACAGAACAGGCCCUUCAGCCCACAGUGUUGUGCCAACAUAGUUAAUCCCUCCUAUCUACAGAAUGCCCAUGUCCCUCCAUUUUCCUCUCAUUCAUGUGCCCAUCCAAGCCUCUCUUAAAAGCCCCCAAUGAUUUUGCCUCCACCACCCUAUCAGGCAACUCAUUCCAGGCAUCCACCACUCUCUCAGUUAAAAACGUACCCCUCAUGUCUGUUCUGAACCUACCCCUCCUCACCUUAAAUGCAUGCCCUCUGGUAUUGGAUCGCUCAAUAAUGGGAAAAAGAUAUUUCUUGUCCACCCUAUCUAUGCCCCACAUAAUUUUAUGCACUUCCAACAGAUCACCCCUCAGCCUCUGCCACUCCAGAGAAAAGAGCCAAAGUUUGUCCGGCCUCUCCUGAUAGCACAUGCCCUCUAAUCCAGGCAGCAUUCUAGUAAACUUCCUCUGUACCCUCUCUAAAGCCUCGACAUCCUUCCUAUAGUGAGGUGACCAGAAUUGCACGCAAUUGUAGGUAGGUGACUGAUAGGUGAAUUUUAUCAUCUGAUUUAGUAAUGGGAGUGUGGGAUUGCUGUG